AUGAGUGGUGAGAAUGCUGUAGGGGUAAAAAGACAAAAGACAAAAUUCGGGAGGUCGCAAUUGAGAAAUGUUACCAGGACAACUCGGAGACCUAAUCAAGAAGAUCCCCAUGUAAGUAGUGGAAAUAGUGAUAACGACGAAGAUAUGGAGAACUACGAUAACGAAAGUGAAGAUGAUGAUGAAGUUAAACGUAAGGUAACGAUUGCGACGAAGAGAAAUAACAGGAACGAGAAUGCUUUUGCUUAUUCUGCAUUAGUUACGUUGCUAAAGUCUGAACAUGAGGAAGGAAAUGAUGAUGAUGACGAUGGUGACGAUGAUGGUGCUGAUGCUGAAGAAAAAAGGAAGGCCACUGGAAUUAUUGAGGCGGAUGAUGAUGCUGAUGAUAAUGAUGACAAAGAAAACAAGGGAGAUUUUGAAGAAGAUUUAUUAGAUGAUGAGGAGAAGGCCCAGGAUGAUAUCGAUGUUUUAAAUAAAUACGAUUCUUUCAACCUGCAUUUUAACCAAGAAGAAGAGAUAGCUAAAGUGAUUGAUAAGUAUGAAUCGCUUUCAAGCGGUAAAAAGUCUGUGAAGUUGAUUGGGAAGGAAGAAAUCGCUAAUAGUGAGGAGAAGUAUUUCAAAUAUAGAUAUGGAUAUCCUUCAGUAAAUCCAGAACUUGUUGCAAGCUCCAAAUCUGGAACCACGUUGUCAAAAAAGUUGAAAUAUCAUAAUGUCAAAAAAAGAGUUGUUGAACAUUUUGAGAAAAUGGAUGUUGAAUCAUUGGAUACAUCAUUGAUUGAAUCUAUGAUAACUUAUGAAACUAUAAAUUUUCAAUAUUUAAACAAUGAACGUAUUAAAGAGAAAUAUCAAGACUAUUAUCUACUACAUGUCAUGAAUCAUCUUACCAAGACCAGAGAUCGUGUUUUAAAUAACAACGAAAAGAAAGCACUCUACGAGAAAAAAAUGAGAGAAGGUGCAGAUGUUGGAGAAGAGCCUGAAUUCAGAGACCAAGGGUAUACUAGACCUAAAAUCUUGAUUUUAUUACCAUCUCGAAACUUUGCAUACACUUUAGUCACUAAACUAAUAAAUACUUUGCAAAUGGAAAGUGUCGAAAAUAAAAGAAAAUUCAAAACACAAUUUUAUGAUGAUUCUAAAGUUAGUGAUCGAGUUUUCCAUUCAAAACCAAAAGAUUUUGAAGAGCAUUUUGAUGGUAACACCAAUGAUAUGUUUGUUCUUGGAAUUAAAUAUACACGUAAAACAUUAAAAUUAUAUUCGCCAUUAGAACAAUCCGAUAUCAUAAUUGCAUCUCCUAUAGGGUUAUUAAGACUAUUUGACAAAAUCAACACAAAAGCACCAAAGAAAAAGUUGGAUAAAGUCAACAAGGAAAAUGAUAUUGGUUUGAAGAAUAAUUUCCUAAGUUCCAUUGAAAUUUGCAUUCUAGAUAAGGCUGAAGGUAUGAUGAUGCAAAAUUGGGGGAAUGUGACUGAUCUUCUAAAUAAGCAUCUAAAUGCUACUCCUAAGGAUUUCAUGAACGUUGAUUUUUCAAGAAUCAGAAUGUGGGCUAUCAAUGGACAGAGUGAGUACUUGACCCAAAUUAUGACGUUUAGUAAAUAUAGUACACCUGAAAUGAUAUCUUUAGUUAAAAGAAGCAAGAAUCUAAUGAGUGGGUCGACGUCAUUUGUUCCAAUUGAGGAAAGGUCGGUCAUUGAUUCAUUGAAUUAUAAAAUGUACCAGAUGGGAUUAAUUAAUAAAUAUGAAAGAUUGAAGCAAGUGUUUAUGAGAUUUGAAAUCGAUUUAAAGAACUUAAUUGAUGAGCCAAAUAAAAGAUUUGAAUUUUUCAAAAAUGUUAUACUUCCACAAAUUCAAAAUAAGAGCAGUUAUAAAUAUGGUACAUUAAUUUACAUACCAAAUUACUUUGAUUAUUUGCGUAUCAAGAAAUUUUUGAAUGACGAAACAAGUGUAUCGUUUGUUGCAAUUGAUGAAUAUUUAAGCACAAGUAAACUAACCAGAAAUAGAGCAUUAUUCCAUAAUAAAUCGCCACACGCCCGGAUAAUGUUGUACACGGAAAGGUUGCAUUUCUAUAAGCGUUUUGAUAUCAAAGGUGUGAGAAACGUAGUAUUCUAUCAGCUACCAACAGACCCUGAUUUCUACCAACAAGUUCUUGAAUUUAUUGGUAACGAAAAACUUAGAGUGAAUGCAGCAAAGGCAAAGCUACCACCAAAGAGUAGUAUCGAAAAUCAAAAUGAUAAUGAUGAUGAGGAUGAUGAUGAUGAUGAUGAGGAUGAUUCUGAUGAAGACGUUGAUUUGAACAUGUGCAUGGUGAGGACAAUUUACAGUAAGCUGGAUGCUAUGCGAUUCAGUGCGAUUGUAGGAUCUAGCAAUGCUAGUAAACUCUCCAAUGGAGAAUCAGAAAUAACAGAAUUUAGUUGA